AUGAUUGACGCCCUUGUCGUCUUUCUUAAGCUCUUGUUGAUUCAGUUCGACCUGGUCUGCUACGAGUGCGACAAGCAGUACGUAUGGGUAUCCCGCAGGGACGAGCCCAAAACAGCCAGGGCAUCUUUGCGUUCGCUCUACGCCUACUUCAUCGACAAGGAGCUGGCCGACAUCGGGGCCAAGACGGCCAAGUUCGCUCAGGAUGCCAGGAAGGAGUUCGAAAACAAGUGGGACAGGAUGAGCUCGGCCAAGAUAGAGGGGAGAGACGAUGCCUUUGAGAAUUCCAAGGGUCACGACAGUUGGUGCACCGCCAAGAAGCUCAAGUUCCCACGCCCGUCCGUAACCCAAGGCGCGUCGGUGUAUGGCGCUUACGGGUGGAAGGGUGUCACACACCUGACGCGGCAAACAAGAACUCGAGCAUCGGUUUUCCGAUCAAGAUCACUGAGACACUAG